AUGUUGCUGCUUAAAGGACUUAAGUUGUUCUCAACCUCAUCUGGUUUACUGCCAAAUGAACAGAAAACAGCCAUUUAUUGUGCAGGAAUGUCUGAAUUUGAAGUCCCUAGGAUCCUUGAGGCAUCUAAUUUUACAAGGAGCUCAUUACCAUUUAGAUAUCCUGGUAUCCCUAGGCUCUUGAAAGAUAUAGAAGUAACAUGUCGAUCAUUUCUUUCGAAAGGCACUCAAGAAGGGGUUGGCCCUGGUUUAGUGGCCUGGGAUUCAGUAUGCAGACCUAAAGCAGCAGGAGCCUUAGGCUUUCGAAAUGUUCAUCAUUGGAAUGUAGCAGCUUUGGGAAGAUAUGUUUGGGACAUAGCUAGUAAAAAAGAUUGCCUCUUUGUCAAAUGGAUACACAAUAUGUAUCUGAAGGAGCAGGAUUGGUGGAGUUAG